GGGAGGAGGCCGCCCCGGCCCGGCCGGAUGACGUGGCCUGGCAACGUUCACGCCGCUGCAACCUCGGGGUAACCCCGCGCCUCCUGAGCUCGAGCCGGAGCUGCAGCCCGAACCGCCGCUCGCGGCCUAGUGAGGCAGGCCUCUGAAGGCGCGCGUGGGGAGGGCCUACGAGGCCUCGGCCCGCUGCCAUGGGCGAAUGAAGGGCCGGGCCCGGCGGCGGCGGCGGGAGAUGAGGACUGGCCGCGGCGGGGCCCGCGACAGCGGAGGCGGCGGCGGCUCCUGAGACACGCGCGGGAUGGAGGAGAAAUACAGCAGCCACGCGCUCGCCGGCGGCGGGAGCCUCGGGCCGGUGGACGUGCCCAGUGCUCGAUUCACUAAAUAUAUUGUAUUGCUAUGUUUCACUAAGUUUCUAAAGGCUCUGGGACUUUUUGAAUCAUAUGAUCUCUUGAAAGUAGUUCACAUUGUACAGUUCAUCUUUAUAUUAAAACUUGGGUCUGCAUUUUUCAUGGUUUUGUUUCAAAAGCCAUUUUCCUCUGGGAAAACUAUUACGAAACAUCAGUGGGUCAAAAUAUUUAAACAUGCUGUUGCUGGGUGUAUCAUUUCGCUUUUAUGGUUUUUUGGUCUCACUCUUUGUGGACCAUUAAGGACUUUGCUGCUCUUUGAACAUAGUGAUAUUGUUGUCGUCUCGCUACUAAAUGUUUUAUUCACCAGUUCUGGAGGAGGACCAGCAAAGACAAGAGGAGCUGCUUUUUUCAUCAUUGCUGUGAUCUGUUUGUUGUUUUUUGAUAAUGAUGAUCUUAUGGCUAAAAUUGCUGAACAUCCUGAAGGACAUCAUGACAGUGCUCUGACACAUAUGCUCUACACAGUCAUUGCUUUCUUAGGUGUUGCAGACCAUAAGGGUGGAGUAUUAUUACUUGUGUUGGCCUUGUGUUGUAAAGUUGGUUUUCAUACAGCUUCCAGAAAGCUCUCUCUAGAUGUGGGUGGAGCCAAACGUCUUCAAGCCUUAUCCCAUCUUGUUUCUGUGCUUCUUUUGUGCCCAUGGGUCAUCAUCCUUUCUGUGACAACUGAGAGUAAAGUGGAAUCAUGGUCUUCUCUCAUCAUGCCUUUCACAACAGUUAUCUUUUUUGUUGUGGUCCUGGAUUUCUAUGUGGAUUCCAUCUGUUCAGCCAAAAUGGAAGUUUCCAAGAGUGCCCGCUAUGGAUCUUUUCUUAUUUGUAUCAGUGCUCUGCUUUUUGGAAAUUUCUGGACACAUCCAAUAACAGACCAACUUCGAGCUAUGAAUAAACCAGCGCAUCAAGAAAGCACUGAGCAUGUCCUUUCCGGAGGGGUGGUAGUGAGUGCUAUAUUCUUCAUCUUGUCUGCUAACAUCCUAGCUUCUCCCUCUAAGAGAGGACAGAAGGGUACUCUUGUUGGCUAUUCUCCUGAAGGAACUCCUCUAUAUAACUUCAUGGGUGAUGCUUUACAACAUAGCUCUCAGUCAGUCCCUAGGUUUAUUAAAGAAUCACUGAAACAAAUACUUGAGGAGAGUGAUUCUAGACACAUCUUUUACUUCUUGUGCCUGAAUCUGGUUUUUACCUUUGUGGAAUUAUUCUAUGGAGUACUGACCAAUAGCCUAGGCCUAAUAUCAGAUGGAUUCCAUAUGCUCUUUGAUUGUUCUGCGUUAGUUAUGGGACUUUUUGCAGCCUUAAUGAGUAGGUGGAAAGCAACCCGUAUUUUCUCCUAUGGGUAUGGCAGAAUAGAAAUUCUUUCUGGUUUUAUUAAUGGACUUUUUCUGAUGGUAAUAGCCUUUUUUUUGUUUGUGGAGUCAGUGGCUAGAUUGAUAGAUCCUCCAGAAUUAGACACAUACAUGUUAGCGCCUGUCUCAGUUGGAGGGCUGAUAGUAAACCUUAUUGGUGUCUGUGCCUUUAGCCAUGCCCAUGGCCAUGUCCAUGGAGCUUCUCAAGGAGGCUGUCACUCACACGAUCACAGCCAUUCACACCAUGGACACAGUCAUGGACACAAUCAUUCUCACAGCGAUCACGGGCACAGUCACAGCCACGGACACUCCCACGGAUCUUCAGGAGGAGGCAUGAAUGCUAAUAUGAGAGGUGUGUUUUUACACAUAUUGGCAGACACACUUGGCAGUAUUGGUGUGAUUGUAUCCACAAUUCUUAUAGAACAAUUUGGAUGGUUCUUUGCUGAUCCUCUCUGCUCUCUUUUUAUUGCUGUAUUAAUUUUUCUCAGUGUUAUUCCACUGAUUAAAGAUGCCUGUCAAGUGCUGCUUCUGAGGCUGCCACCAGAGAAUGAAAAGGAAAUAAAUAUUGCAUUAGAAAAGAUUCAGAAAAUUGAAGGUUUAAUAUCCUACAGAGACCCUCAUUUUUGGCGCCAUUCUGCCAGUGUUGUUGCUGGUACAAUUCACAUACAGGUGAUGUCAGAUGUACUGGAACAGCGGAUCGUACAACAGGUUACGGGAGUACUUAAAGAUGCUGGUGUGAACAAUUUGACAGUCCAGGUGGAAAAAGAGGCAUACUUUCAACACAUGUCUGGCCUAAGUACGGGAUUUCAUGACGUGCUUGCUAUGACAAAACAGAUGGAAUCCAUGAAGUACUACAAAGAUGGCACUUACAUCAUGUGACAUGAAAUAGGAUUUACCUGUUGGCUAUGAAUAAUGAAGAUUAAAUGACUCACUGUUGGUAAUAUUGAGGGGAAAUGCACAUAAAUGUACAGAAACAGUAUACUGUAUUUGGAUUUUUUAAAGUUCAGUCCUACUGGAUCAAGAUGUUUUUCUAAAGGAAUUUUUGAAAUGGACUGAUUAUAUAUGUGAAACAUUGAUUGUAUAUGUGAAUAAUGACAGUUUGAAUUACUAUACUUUGUGUUUAUUAAAAAAAAAUCUACUAUGUGUCAGCACAAUGUAUCAUAUAUUCUUUGGGAUGUACAAAUCUUUCACAUUUGAUUAAGUGAAAAUAGAAAUGAUGUCUUAUAGUAAGAAGAUUCAUUUUCAGUGUGCUUACUUUUCUGUCAUAUUCUCCUUUUGUAAAUAUGUAUUUGUACAUUUAUUACAAGGAUUCAAAUGAAGGUUUGAACUUUGACUUGGAAUUUUUUUUUUGUUUGCAAAGUCUAAGCAAAACAAAAUAGGAAUUAAAGCUCCGUAUUUAUGAAUUUUCUGUACAUAAGAUUUAUUUCUAAUAAUACUUUUGAUCCCAUCUAGCAAAUUGCCUAAUUUGAGAGAUAUUUGCUAGCUAUCAGUUCAAGACAAGAAAUGAGAACUAGGAAAUCAUACAGUUAUAGAAUUUUUAAAAUUGGUCACUUAAGCUAGAAAACAAAGAAACCAACAUAUAAAAUAGUUUUACUUUUAGCGAUAUUUGCAAAUCAAUUGUACUAAUUUUUUUGUGUUACCCAUUAAUCCCUCCUUUCCAUGGUAGAAUAUACCAUUUCUUGUUAGGAAGCUAAAAUGGCAGGUUACUCUUCAGUGGGUAAGCAGUAUUUACUGCAGCUGACAUAUAUGCACAUUGACUGUUAGUGUAAGUUUGUUUUGAUGUUUCUGUUGUUUCCACCUCUUCAUGACCCCAUUUGGUGUUUUCUUGGCAAAGAUACUACAGUGGUUUGUCAUUUCCUUCUCCAUAAGGAGAUUAGGAAACUGAGACAAACAGGGUUAAAUGACUUGCCCAGGGUCACACAGCCAGUAAGUGUCUGAGGCUGUAUUUGAAUUCAUCUUCCUGACUCCAGUCCCAUUGCUCUACCCACUGCACCACCUAGCUGCCCUUAGAAAGGGAAUGAGGAGAAGGGAAAGGAAGGGAAUUAGAAGGAUAGGAAAAAGGAAGGAUUGUUGUUGUUCAGUCACAUCCAGCUCUUCGUUACCCCGUAGCCUAUUAGUAUUGUCCCGUGGGGUUUUCUUGACGGAUACUGGAGUGGUGUGCCAUGUCUUUCUCCAGUGGUUAAGGCAAACAGAAGUUAGGUGAUUUGCCCAAGGUUACAUAGCUAGUGUGUGAGGUCUGACUUGAGCUCAGCUCUAUCCACUGAGCCACCUAGCUGACUAUAAUGCUAUACAGCAAACCUCUUUACUAUUGUCAGCUCACUUUGAUGGCUCAAAUAACUCACUUCUUUCUGGAACAUUUAAACUAUUUCUUGUAAUUCAGGACUGGAAAAAAGCAACUUUAAAAAUCAUCCAUCCCAAGAUCCUCAUGUUAGAGAGGAGAGAACCAAGGUCCUGAGAAGUUAGUGCUUUUUUUCCCCAGGAUUACACAAGUAACAAGAAGCAGAGCUGAAACUUACCCUCAAGUCCUGCAACUCCAAUUCCAAUUCGCAAAAAAAAAUUUUACUAGCUAUCAUACCACUCCUUUUUUUUCUUACCAAAGAAUUUUCAUUAUUAGCUUAUUUUCGUCCUGAGGCCGUUCUCUUGCUUAUCCUAUACAUUGUUUUAUAUUGUAUCAUGUUCUUGAUAAUGUUAACGUAUGUUCAAUUUAGUUGGAGUCAUUUAAUAUUUCUUGUCUCCUCCCUUUUGCAUGUACCUUGAGUCAGUAUUUUCACUUUAAUUCAUACCAUCAACCCUUUUGACAGUAGAAAUAAUGGAAUUUACUGUAGUUUAUAAAAAUUUAUAACCACCCAUC